UUGGCAUUCCUUAUUAUUCUCUCUGUUGCUGAAUUGCAGUUAUUAUCAAGUCUGUGAUCUUAUCAAACCGUUCAUCAAAGUGCUGUGUGAUGUCUAAUACAUGUUGUCUGGUGCAUGGUGUGUUCGCUAAGUUAUGUAUUUCUAGCUUAUUGCUAGGAUCGGAAUCAAUAAAUAAAUAGGAAACACUAGUGAUACUUUUAUACAGUUUGAUAUUUAGUGACAGGUAACUUCUCCAAUAAUAAUAACACUUGAAAGUAGGGGACAUCUGACUUAAAAAUUCAGCUCCAAUUGUAUGUGAUGCGUCAAUAAAAAUUUCAAUUAAAAUAGUUAAGCUGGCUUUCAAGAAAGGCGUUAUCCGACAUGAAAUUGUAUAUAAUUCUUGGUUUUCUGAUGCAAUGUUGUUCGCUUGGGUUACAAAAGAAUCUCAAUUCGCUCAAAAUCAUCAACGUGGAAUGUAUCGCUAACAAUGACUGGGUCAAAGAUAUAGAAUGCUUCUUAAAACCGCUCAGAAACAGGUCCAUUCAACUUCAAGCAAAAAUACCUUUCAAAAGGACGAUUAAUUUUAUGAAGUUUCAUAUUCAAACCUUUCGAUGGUAUAGUGGAUUUCGUCCGUAUCUAGUCGAUUUCUGGUUCGACUUCUGCGAUGUAGUGUCAAAAUCUAAAAAUAUGAAUCCUCUGUUGAGGCCCUUUUAUAUGUUAAUAACGACUUAUUCAACAUUAAAGCAUCCAUGUCCUAUCGAAGGAUUAGUUGAGGUUCCGCCAGCUGUACCUGACUUGUCAGUUUUCCCGUCGAUGCUCGUAACAGGGGUUUACCUUUUGAAUAUCACUGCAGUGGAGAAAACCCUUAACCAGUGGAUGUUAACAUUCAGAGUUAAGGCAGAAAUUACCAGUGACUUAAAAGAAUGACAGGAGGACCUUCUUCUGAAUUCGUAAUGAUAUCACGAUGCACAGUUUUUAUUGUUUACACUAGUUUAGUAACCAAGUUCAGGUUGUAUAUUUGUCCAAGAACAGUGGAAAUUUCGAUGUGGAUUUUGAAUAAAUAGGUGAAUCACCGCAA